AUGCAAAUUUUCGUUAAGACUUUGACCGGCAAGACUAUCACGCUAGAAGUUGAGUCUUCUGACACAAUCGAUAACGUUAAAUCGAAGAUUCAAGAUAAGGAAGGUAUUCCUCCUGACCAACAAAGACUCAUUUUUGCUGGUAAGCAGUUAGAGGACGGUAGAACGUUAUCUGACUACAACAUUCAGAAGGAGUCUACUUUGCACUUGGUCCUGAGACUGAGAGGUGGUAUGCAAAUUUUCGUCAAAACCUUGACGGGGAAGACGAUCACCUUGGAGGUCGAAUCUUCUGACACUAUCGAUAAUGUCAAAUCGAAGAUUCAAGACAAGGAGGGAAUUCCUCCUGACCAGCAAAGACUCAUCUUUGCAGGUAAGCAAUUGGAGGAUGGUAGAACGUUAUCUGACUACAAUAUCCAGAAGGAAUCUACUUUACAUUUGGUUUUGAGAUUGAGAGGUGGUAUGCAAAUUUUCGUCAAAACCUUGACGGGGAAGACAAUCACCUUGGAGGUCGAAUCUUCUGACACUAUCGAUAAUGUCAAAUCGAAGAUACAGGACAAGGAAGGUAUUCCUCCUGACCAACAAAGACUCAUUUUUGCUGGUAAGCAAUUGGAGGACGGCAGAACGUUAUCUGAUUACAAUAUUCAAAAGGAAUCUACUUUACAUUUGGUUUUGAGAUUGAGAGGUGGUAUGCAGAUUUUCGUCAAGACCUUGACGGGAAAGACUAUCACCCUUGAAGUUGAGUCUUCUGACACCAUCGAUAACGUUAAGUCCAAAAUUCAGGACAAGGAGGGUAUUCCACCUGAUCAACAGAGAUUGAUUUUCGCUGGCAAACAACUCGAAGAUGGUAGAACGUUAUCCGAUUACAACAUCCAGAAGGAAUCUACUCUCCAUUUGGUUUUGAGAUUGAGAGGUGGUAUGCAGAUUUUUGUUAAAACUCUUACGGGCAAAACUAUCACCCUUGAAGUUGAGUCCUCUGACACGAUUGACAAUGUGAAAUCGAAGAUUCAGGAUAAAGAGGGUAUUCCACCUGAUCAACAAAGACUUAUCUUUGCAGGUAAGCAGUUAGAAGAUGGUAGAACGUUAUCCGAUUACAACAUCCAGAAGGAAUCUACUCUCCAUUUGGUUUUGAGACUCAGAGGUGGUUUCUGA